UGAGAAGGAGAUGACGACACGUUUGCACUAACCAAUUAGUCGUUUGGUAUUAGAUAGGAAUUCAGAGGUGUGUUCGCAUUUGCUGAAAUCUCUUUCUGCACCAUGGCACAAGCUCAGGUCGUCUCACCCUCUCUCUACUAUGUUAAUGCUUUGAAAUCGACAACCCAAACACGAGCUGCUGUUACACGAAUUCCAUUCUCCAGUUUAGCAAGCGGUGCGGGUUCUUUCACCCAAGGAUGCUCUCCUCUUUUGGUAUGGAAGGUUUCAUGUCAAAGGAAGUCUGAAUUAAGAUCAAAAUCACUUUCUAUCAGAAGUGAACAAAGUGCAAAAGAUGACAAUGGUUUGGCUGUAUGGCUGGGACGGUUUGCCAUGAUUGGAUUUGCAGUUGCUCUCACAGUUGAGAUAUCAACAGGCAAGGGACUUUUAGAGGUACUAAGGAACUUUAAUUUUGGACUUCUAACACCAUUGCCGACAGUAGCAUUGGGGGUUACCGCUUUGGUGGGAGUUCUAACAGCAAUAUUUAUUUUCCAAUCUGCCUCUAGCGAUUGAUUGACGGUGAGGUUCUUAUGUAUGAUACAGAGUACUUGUUAAGAGUAAAUACUUGUAAGUUAUUUCCAUGUAUUUUUGUUCAUGUAUUCACUUUGGGAGUGAAAAAAGAACCUUCAUUAUAAGAACUUAUCUCAGGAAAAGGUGCAUCUGUCUCUCACUCUGUGUUGUAAUGAAAGACAAUCUUGUUGUCAGCAUUCCAACUUUGUUAAUUUAUGCCUUAUCACGUCUUCGUAUUA